AUGCAAACCCUGCCAGAGGUCAUCAACCCCAGCGCAGCAGCAGCCGCUGGAUUUCGACACUGGGAAGCUAUUUGGGACUUGAAUGAGGGCUGUUUCCCUGGAGUGUUGGCAACAGAAACCAGACUACAGGUGUUCCCAGCAUCCCCUCAUAUUCCUCAGUACAGGAAAGACAUCGCUCUCCGAAAAGGAACAGAAGACAACCUUUUCCUCCCACUGACUCGGGCUCCUCCGGCGUCUGCGGGACUCGGCGCGAUCGCCGGCGAGCGCCGAGGCCGGGACCCCGCUCCCCGCGCGGUCCCCGGCGGCUCCUCCAUUGGGGUUUCUCUCCCAGGCGCCAGCGCCGGCCCCAGCCCCAGGCACCGGUUAGUCCCGCUCUUCCCUGGGGGACCCGCCGCAGGUCCCCCGGCUCGGCCCCGCGCCCCCCGCGCGCAGCCCCCGGAAGUGCGUGCGGGCGGCCCUGGCGAAGAGCCCGAGAAGCCAACGGGGGCCAACCAAGUUUCGGGACCUGUACUGCUGGGUACUAAUGUCACCAGAGAUGAACUGUUCUUACCAGAGAUUCCUCUGUUCCUGACAGCACACCUCCCCCAGAAGAGAAGAGAGGGAGGGGCCACACUGAUCCCGCUGAAGCAUCUCCGGGAGGCGCCUCUGGAUGCCACGUGGAGGCUGCCCUUCCGCCGCAGCACCAGCACGGAGCCUCUGACUGCCCAGCGCAGGGACAUGGCUCUACUCAGCAGCAUCCUGGCCACCUAUUCCUUUGUCUCAGACUCAAAGGAGCGGGAAGAGCGUCAGAACACAGUAUCAGCUCCUGCAGCCGUUAGGCCAGAUCAGAGAAGGGGUCAGGGCUUCUGUCUAGCUCCCCUGAAUCCUAGGGCUGUGGGACUGCAGGUCUGUCGCGCUGCAGAAAACCCCAAGCGAGCAGCGCUGUACUUCGUCUCGGGCGUGUGCUUGGGGCUGGUCCUCACCCCUGCUGCGCUGGUGAUGAGGCUGUCCUGCCGCGUGGACUGUCGGCGGCGGUCCCGUCCCGGAAGAAGUCUGCCGGACCAGGAGAGCAGCAGUGACAGCAGCGACAGCAGCGACAGCGAGGAUGGCAGCUCUGACAUCUCGGUCCGCAGACACCGCCGCUUCGAGAGGACUUUGAACAAGAACGUCUUCACGUCGGCGGAGGAGCUGGAGGCCGCGCAGCGGCUGGAGGAGCGGGAGCGCAUCAUCAGGGAGAUCUGGAUGAAUGGGCAGCCCGAGGUGCCCGGGACCCGGAGCCUGAACCGCUACUACUAGGGCAGGCGCAGGCCCCCGCACCGCUGGGAGCAGGACCCCGCACCCCCGGGAGACGGGGAGCGGGGCUGCAGGGGGGGUGGGCGCAGAGCCGAACGCAGUUCUGCUAAGGUUACCGCGGACGCCGAGAGACAAGCAGGUCACCCCCGCUUUCUAGCCGGGAGGACUGAUCCCUCCUUCUGACUAAAUGCGUGGCCAAGUAGAAAACGCCAGUCGGUCCCCCCACCUUUCCGGGUCUUGGAAUGGUGCUGAAAAUCCCUCUCCAACAAUGUGGAUGGAGAUGAGAGAAACAGGACUGUGGUUUCUCUUGAUUUCUGAGGAUCUCAGAAGUUGCUGCAGACUUCAUGGCUACGUGUUAUUCCUUUACAAAAGGAAAGAUGUGCCUAGCGCGAGGGCUAGGGGCUGCAGGGUGAACGUCACGCAGUAAACGCAGUUUUCUAAGUGACUCCAUGGUGUGGAGGGGAUUCCGAUGCCGAUA